GAUGGUUUUAUUUUUCCUACUGAUAUAGAAAAGGACCAAAACGACGUCUCUGAAACUACGAAGAGGUUAAUUGUUUGAGUAAUACUGCGGUGAGCUAAAGCUAUGGGGAGAGGGAAAAUAGCAAUAAGGAGGAUCGAUAACGCGACGAGCAGGCAAGUCACUUUUUCUAAACGAAGGAACGGAUUGUUGAAGAAAGCUAAAGAGCUCGCGAUCUUGUGCGAUGCUGAAGUUGGAGUAAUGAUUUUCUCCAGCACUGAAAAGCUCUACGACUUUGCUAGCACCAGCAUGAGAUCAGUAAUUGAGCGCUACAACAAAGCAAAGGAGGAAAAUCAACCGGGGAAUCCAACAUCUGAAAUCAAGUUCUGGAAAAGGGAGGCAGCAGUUCUGAGACAACAACUACAAAACCUGCAAGAAAAUCACAGGCAAAUGAUGGGUGAAGAACUUACUGGAUUGAACAUAAAAGAUUUACAGAAUCUGGAGAGCCAAUUGGAAAUGAGCCUUCGUGGUGUCCGUAUGAAGAAGGACCAAAUUUUAAUGGAUGAAAUUCAAGAACUGACCAGACAGGGGAACCUCAUUCAUCAAGAAAAUGUGGAACUCUAUAAGAAGGUAAACCAAAUUCGUCUAGAAAACAUGGAAUUAUAUAAGAAGGUUUAUGGAACAAGGGAUGUGAAUGGAACAAGCAAAGAAUUGUUUGUCACCAAUGGUCAAAGCAUUGAGGAGGAUCCACAUGUUGCUGUCCAUCUCCAGCUAAGCCAGCCACAGCAACAAAACUACGAAACACCAACAAGAGCUACAAAAUUGGGCAGAUUGCAAUUACAUUAGCAAAAGAAAAUGCAUCAAAGUGGGACGGAAUGUCACUCGAUUUCUAUCAACAAAUAGCUCAUGGUUCCAAAAGUUAAGCUUCUCAUAGUAAGAUGUUUUAUGUUAAAAUCACCACUCAUUUAGCAAAAAAACACAGGUUUGAAAUGACUAAACAAAUGAACAUUUAGCAUCGAUGUGAUGAUCAAGAAAACCAAGCUAGUUAUGUAGAGAUAAAUUAAGUGUAAUAAAGCAGAUAUAUAUAAAGGAGAAAAUGGACAUUUAUUCCACGUGC